UAACUUUGGUUGUAAAACCCAUCAUAUUUCCUGAUUUAUAUUUUCAGUUACUUGUUACUUUUACACUUAACCUGUCCAGUUCUACAGUACCUGCAUCUCUAUACUGGAAUUGUACAAUCUACCAAAUAAAGAAUGGCAGAUCCUAAAUAUGCUGGCCUUCCUGGUAUAGAUACUUCGGAAAAAGAUAUUUACGAAUCUGGAGAUCUUCCCGAAGAUGAUCAACAAUGGAUACCUGAAGAAUUAUCAAGUGAAAGCGUAGAAAAAGACAACAUAAAUACGAAGGAAGCAUUUAAACAGUUUAAUUCAAAGUAUGUUUCUGGAAGUGACGCAGAUUUUUCAGAAAAACUUGGUUCAAAACCAGGGUAUGAUACUGGAGAGUACUCCAUUGCGGGGAUUGGUGAAGUAGAAACACCGACACAAAAGCUUCAGAGACUCAGAGCAGAAGUUGCGCAGUUAUCAACAGAACUAAAAUCAGGAUCAGGUGAUAAGUCAGGGUCACUACCUGCCGAAACUCUUAAACAAGUUGAAAUCCUUCAAUCACAGCUUGCUUCUCAUGGCCAAGGUGAUGGUACAUAUUUGCACGGAAGCUUUGAUAAAGUUUUAUCAUCAAUAAAUGAGAUGAUGGCAUUGCAACAAAAGUCGACAUCAUCCUCUUCAAAAAAAAACCAAGAAGGUUCAUAUAGUUUGAUGAUUAAACCAGAUCAGUCACAAUUAAAAUUUGGCGCAAAAAUGUCUGAUAUUGAAGCAAGAAUAUCAAAAAUUGAAAAGGCUGUUGGUGUUGACACUGAAGCUCUUGCUGUUUUAUCUUCUCAAACAAAACACAAAAAUCUCAAAGCGGCGGUUGAGGGAUUGGAAGUCAAAAGAAACAUGCUCGAUCCAGAAAAAUUGCCACAGGUUGACACAAGAUUGCAAGCAGUAUUGAACAAACUCAAUGAAAUAAAUAAAGUACGAAAACAAAAAGGAGCGGAACAGGUAGCUCUAGAUAAAAAAGUUCUUGAAAUAUAUGAUUUAGUACAGAAAUGGGACAGCGUCUGCGCUUCAUUACCAAGCAUCAUUCAUCGUCUUGAGACCUUGAAUUCAUUACACCAACAAGCUGCAGAUUUUUCAUCCACACUUCAGCAUAUGGAGACAGUACAAAAUCAAAUUGCAACCAAGAUUGGAGACACUACCACGUUAGCGAAACAAGUCGAUGAAACUUUCAAACAAAAUGCACAAACGAUUCAAUCAAAUUUGCAAUCACUGGAAAACAGAAUUCAAAAUUUGACAGCAAAGAAAUAACAUUAUCAAUGUUUUAUAGUUUAUCAUGCAUGUUUUGUGAUAGUUUAUACGAAGCUGAAAAAAGAAGAAGAUAUCAUUGGGAUGCAAAGUGACUGCAUCUGCUUUGCUGACAAGUGGCUCUACUACAAUUAGUAUUAAUUUGUUUUGCUGCAAAUCCAUUUGAAAAUUUUGACUGACUGCUUUUGAUGUGAAUUAUUAUUUAUUGUUCCAAUAAUUCUUAUAUUUGUACACUUUGUAAAUGGUUCAGUUAAAACCCAACUCACUAAACAUAUACGAUAGUUAUUGAUUUUAUCCAAUUGUUCAUCGCAUGUUCCAUUUUGCUUUGUAGUGGGAUGCUUAGUAGUGUUUAUCGAAAUGAAUCUUUGACCGGAGACAAGUUGCUCUGUAAUGACAUGGUACUCUGCAAAACCAUGUUUCUUUAUAAUAUUUUCGAAUUUUUCAUAUUGUGUUUGCGUAAAUGAUUUCCAAAAACGUCUAGUUAUCCAUACAUAUCUUUAAAAAACUACCCAAAAAAUUCCAUCAAGACAUUUUACUGUUUCGUGGAUCGUAUUUUUUGUUAUAAUGCCACUUAAAUAGAGUACUAGCUAGUUAUGUGGGUGCAUGCACUUUAUCGUUUUCUGAAUAUACAUUCAUUUUGUCAAUGGUAAUAAGACAAUAUAUUGUGAUACUUAUUUGUUACCUAUCAUUAAUUGGUGUUUAUAUUUCUGUUGUGCAGA